GGGAAGAGGAGCCAGAGACGCACUGUCACCCGGGGAGACACCGCAACACGACGAUGAACCCGAAGCUUAUUUUCUCCGGUGGAUUUCUGAUGCUGCUUCUCCUCAGCCAGGACCAAGCAAGAGCUAAACCCAUCUCCAGUUUACAGAGCCUGUCCAGAUUGCUAGAGGAGGAGCAGGAGCAUCCCCUGGCCUCAGAGGAGAUGGACCAGGAGCGAGAAGACAUGAUCCCCGCAGGUGCCUUCGACCUACAGGAUUCCGAGCUCCAAUGGGCCGGACACUCCAGGGACCAGCCCGAGAGGGGCCCCGUGAGCGACAGUACUUUCCAGAGGCUCUUCAGCGAUCUCCUGGGUUCAUCCAGGAGAUACAGAGGCAGGAGCAAAAAGGGCCUGUCCAGGGGCUGUUUUGGUGUCAAGCUGGACCGAAUUGGCUCCUUGAGCGGACUGGGAUGCUAACUGUUCAUGAGGGACUAAGAUUUUCAGGACCUGGAGGACCCACUGCCUUUCCAUGAGAUGUCCAACUCAAAUUGUUCCCACUCCCUUGUUGACGUUGCCUGGAAGGAGUUCCUCCAGUGCCAUCCCACACUGUCGAAACGGGCCAUUGUAGGUAUCACUGUAUAAACUUAGCCAGACUGUUCUCUCUUUCGUUUAUCUAUCUUGUUUAUAGGCCAUAUGUAUGAAAAUGCUCUCCCAGAGCUGUCCUCAUUGUGCUGAAAAUACAUCAGUUUUCAACA